AUCCAGGCCUGCCCAGGCAGCAUUCCUUCCUCCAGAGACCUUCCAACGUGGUGACCACAGAAGGCAUGGAUGCAGUCCUGGAAUGUUGCGUCUCCGGCUCUCCACCUCCCACCUUCACCUGGCUGAGAGGAGGAGAAGUCCUUCCCACCAGGUCCAAGAAGUACUCCCUGCUGGCUGGCAGCAACCUGCUGGUAGCCAACGUGAGCCAGGAGGACUCUGGGACCUACACCUGCCUGGGGAGCUCAGAGGGGGAGAACAGCAGCAGCUCGGCGGAGCUCUCGGUCAUGGUCCCUCCUUGGUUCCUCCUCCGCCCUUCCGACCUCUCCGCUUCCGAGACCAUGGACGUGGAGCUGGAAUGUUCGGUGGCCGGGAAGCCUCCUCCCACCGUGGAGUGGUUGAAGAAUGGUGAAGUGGUGAUCCCCAGUGACUACUUCCAGAUCGUGGGUGGAAGCAACUUGAAGAUCCUUGGCCUGGUCAAGGCUGAUGAAGGUUUCUACCAAUGCAUGGCCCAGAAUGAAGUUGGCAACAUCCAAGCCAGUGCCCAACUCUUGGUCCACAACCCUGUUGUCCCCAGCUCCAGUGGGCUCCUGCCCUCUGCUCCUCGGGACCUGGUCCCCGUCUUGGUCUCCAGCAGCUUCGUCCACCUCAGGUGGAGGCCACCAGCAGAAGUCAGAGGUCACCUCCUGGCCUACUCCAUCUUCUUCUCCAAGCUUGGGGACAACAGGGAGAGGGCCAUCAACACCACCCAAGGUGGAAGCCUCCAGGUGACCGUGGCCCACCUGAAGCCUGAGGAGCUCUACAGCUUCAGGGUGGUGGCCUACAACCAGUGGGGACCUGGGGCCAGUUCUCCUCUCCUGAAGGUGGCCACCCAAGCUGAAGUGCAGGUCCCUGGGCCAGUGGAGAACCCAAGGGUGGUGGCCACCACCUCCACCUCCCUCCAGAUCUCCUGGGAGCCACCAGCUGCUGGCCAAGGACCUGUCCAAGGCUACAGAAUCUUCUGGAAGGAGACCUCCAGCGAGGAGGAGGAGGAGGAGGUGGUGGAGGUGGCAGGGACCUCCUACACCUUGGAAGGGUUGAAGAAGUUCACAACCUACACCUUGAGGCUCUUGGCCUUCAACCACCAUGGACCAGGGAUCUCCAGCCAGGACCUCACCACCACCACCCUCUCUGAUGUGCCCAGUGCCACGCCCCAGAACGUCUCCUUGGAAGUGGUCAACUCCAGGAGCAUCAAGGUCAGUUGGUUGCCACCCCCCCGGGGGAGCCAGAAUGGUUUCAUCACAGGCUACAGGAUCCGCCACAGGAAGGCCACCAGGAGAGGGGAGGUGGAGACCUUGGAACCCACCAACCUCUGGUACCUCUUCACAGGCUUGGACAGAGGAACCUUCUACAGCUUCCAGGUGGCCGCCAUGACGGUCAACGGGACAGGACCUCCCUCCCCCUGGUACUCGGUGGAGACCUUGGAGAACGACCUGGAUGAAUCCCAAGUCCCAGACCAACCCAGCUCCCUCCACGUCCACCCUUUGGCCACCAGCAUCGCCAUGACCUGGACCCCACCGCUCAACCCAAGCCUCCUGGUCCGGGGUUACCUCAUCGGCUACGGGGUGGGAAGCCCUUACGCCCACACCAUCAAGGUGGACCCCAAGCAACGCUUCUUCUCCAUCGACCACCUGGAACCAAGUUCUCACUACGUCAUCUCCUUGAAGGCCUUCAACAAUGCAGGAGAAGGAGUUCCCCUCUAUGAAAGUGCCACCACCAGGUCCAUCUCAGACCCCACGGCCCCCUUCCAGGGCGCCUUCUUCCCUCCCCUCUCCCCUCUCCCCACCCCCCUCCCCGACCCCUCCCUCCCUCCCCUGCUGCCUCCCGUGGGGGUCCAGGCCCUGCCCUUGGGGCCCGAAGCCAUCAAAGUCCUCUGGGGAGACAACCUCGGCCCCAGGAGCUCCAAGGGGGCUGAAGGUCGCUUCUACACCCUCAGGUGGAGGCCUUCCUCCUCCUCUUCCUCAUUCCUCAUUACAAUACUCAGAUUCAUCAGCCUAUCCGACUUCCUCAUCCUCUUCCUCAUCAUCUCAAUCAUCAUGGAACCACAGCCCUACCCAACAGUCAAAGGCGUGAAGGGCCUUAACCAGUACGAGGCUAACGGCAUGUGA